AGCUCAUUUCUGCCCAUGCAUCGCAGUGUCCCUCCGCUCUCACCUUUGUCAACUCGCACGAAGAACGAACCGCGACGCAGAGGUCAAAGUGUGGUGGCGCGCGCUCGUGGAACCUCCGAAAAACAGCAGCGUCCAACGACGUACGGCAACAGCAAAGACACAGGCAUGUGGCAGCAACAGGGUAUCAACGCCACGGGUGCCGUGAGCCGCUACUCGGCGCUGUCCUGGUUCCAGCCCGACGAGCGGGUCCGGGACUGGCCGCUCAUGGGCGGUCCCACCGCCGUGACCAGCGUCCUGACCCUGUACGUGAUGGGCUGCGUCUUCGUUGGGCCGCGGCUCAUGAGGGACUUCAAGGCGUUCUCCAUGCGGCCGACGAUGAUCGCGUACAACGUCGCCAUGGUGCUGCUCAGCAUAUACUUCGCCUACCUGACGGUCACGCUGGCGUACUUCAGGAGCGGUUACAACCUGGUGUGCCAGGCCAAUGACUCCAAGACGAACCCGCUGGGCGACAUCAUCUCCUACUACGGCUGGUGGUACGUGAUGCUCAAGGUGGGCGAGCUCCUGGACACGGUGUUCUUCGUGCUUCGCAAGAAGAACGACCACAUCAGCUUCCUGCACGUGCUGCACCACACCCUGGCGCUCAUCACCGUGUGGCUGGACGUGAACCUGGGCAUCAUGGGACAGGUGGCCCUGUUCCCGCUGCUCAACAGCUCGGUGCACGUGGUGAUGUACUCCUACUACGCGCUGGCCGCGCUGCCGCCGUCCAUCAGGCCCAACCUGUGGUGGAAGCGCUACGUGACCGUGUUCCAGAUCGCGCAGUUCUUCGUGCUCAUGGUGCACAGCCUGGUGCCGGUCUUCAAGGACUGCGACUUCCCGCGGCCGUUCGCCGUCUUCAUGGCUCUGGAGGCGGGGCUCUUCUUCUACCUCUUCAGCGACUUUUACGUGAAGAACUACGGAACCGAGAAGGAACGCGCCUCCUCUGCGAAACUUAAAGGCCACUAAUGGUGUCCGGUGUCUCUAACGUUGUUUCCGUACGUACGAGGACACUCGAUGCCACAGAGGUGCUGUGCGUGCGAAACUACGAACCGUCAGUUUGUGUGAAGAGUGCUCGCACCAUCUCGCGUAUACAUGUGCCGGCGCGCCCGGUGGACGCAUUUUUGAAUUGGCUGAAGAUUGCACAUUUGCCGCUAUGGGUGUAAUGUAGUAUAGUUCACAAUUUUGGCGGGGUAACGUACGUAGCUGCUCGCUGGGUUUAUGUCGAUAUUACUGAUGAAGAGUAAAAUUUUGACUUCACUGAUAUGCGGUUUAUAUAUUAUAUGUUGCAUAUGCAGGAGUGUGUUAGUCUUACUCCUUCACCUCAAAGUCAACGCUACGUGUUCACAAAACGUUGGUAUACCCCACACAACGUUUCGUAAAAACGGGUGCCUACCAAUGACACGACUCCUUGAGGACCAACCUUCAUGAUUCGGCUGCUCGGAUUUAAAAAAUAACAAUUUACCCAAGGCAGGUCUUUCACAUAUUGACAGCUUUCCAUUAUCUUUUAUUUUUUCUGCAGUCUCUAGAAAAUAGUGAAGGCGAACAACUUGUAUUUAAUAGCUGUGGCCUUUGUUUCCUUCCAAAAACAGUGUGAACUACUAUGACACGAAAUCCUCGUGGAGAGCAGGGAAGAAAAGUGUCAGCCGCAUCACAUUGCCGCAACGAGUCCGUAGUCAUGUGAUGGCUUGGCAAGCGAAGGUGCUUAAAACACUCUGGCAAUUCGGAUAUAUUUGCUAGUUUUAAAGCAGUGAGGUUCUUCUAUUUUUUUCUUUAACCUCAUCAUUCGUAAGUUGUUUGCUUUUCUUUUCACCCUCGGACAAAUCAUGUCUCUGCUGUUUACCGAAAAACAAACAGACAAACGUGCGUUUGUGUAGCUCAUUUUUACUCUGCUUUAAUGGGGAACCUUAAACCCCAUUGAAAUCGUCUCAGUACAUCAGCGUCCUUGUCAUGACGUACGCUCGAAAUCUGAUGUUCCGCCUAUGUACAUACAUACAAUCGGGAUAUCAUUGUGUCUUUGGAUAAAGAUCUUGUUGACUAUGUACGCCCACGGUGUGCGUCGUUUAUUGUGUCUGGUGUGUUAUUUGCUGUUCGGGGUUCCCUAUACUACUCGCUUUGCUUUUUGCGAUGCUCCGAACUCCAUCUCUAAGGACGCUGGCGUUUCCAGGAUGUGGUAAAACAUUCCGAGUUCUGCGCUCACCUGAGGCCCGUUAUCACGCUGAUAAGAGGCAUUAAUAAAGAUACGGUACUGAUAUAUUGAUAGCUACAAUAAUACGUACUGUGUCUAGAAUGGCUGAGAUCGCAUACCGCAUGUUUUGUAGUAUAGAAACAAGCGGACAUUUCAAACUGAGCGACCCCGACUAGGAGUGGUGCGCUAACCUGUUGAUUCCAUUUAGGAGUCGCACGCUGAUGGUAAUUAUACCUCUUCAGAGAUAAGUAAGUAUUCGCGCCUCUGUACACGUAUGAAAAACGUGCGUUCUCAUCUACGUAACUAAUUAUUGUCCUAAGUCCACUGUGCGUUAGAAAUUAGGGUGUUGGGUUGAGCAAGCUGCUUUUAUGUUAAUUGUUUCAAAAUGCGAACGCUUAUCACAUUCCGGCUUAAAGGAAAAUAUGUGUUUGAUAUGAUGCAAUCGUUUCUUGCACAAACCUAUCAUGCCUAAACGUGCUGAAGUUGAGUAGGGUAGAUAUCUAAGCUCAGGUACAAGCCAGUGUGCAUACGAUGCAGUGAUCUUGGACCAAAUAUAUAAAAGACUGCGUCGUUCAUUAGUCUUUUUUUUUUUCUUUGUACAGUGUAGGAAUCUCUUAUGUUGACGGUUUGAAGGCAGGUGAUGUUGAAUAUUGACGAAGUUUGAAACCGACUCUUUGACUGCUGUUUAACAAUCGUGCGUCCAUAUCAUUGUAUUCAAAUCAGCGCUGACAACUGCGUGGGAUGUAUCACUAUAUGUUACAGAACGCUCGGCAUUCGUAAUGGCGUUUAUGGUAGUUCGUGCAUUUCAAACACUAGCCUUAGUUAAUAAAAGUUGUUUUUAUUAUA